CAAUCACUCCCCUCACCACACCACUACCCCACCGCAAACGACCGCAAUGGCAUCAUCCCUCUCCCGCACAAUUGUCCACCUCCCCCGCCUCGCCCGGCGGACAAUGCCCACCACCCGGCCAUCCGCGAGGCACCUCACCUCGUCCCCUCACCCCUCGUACGACCAGCCAAUCCUCAUCUCCCAAACCCCUCCCCCCAAGCCGGCGGACAGGGACCCGAACGAGGUCGAGGAGAAGGACUGGGAGGGCGACGACUUUACCUCCAGUGGGCACUCGGAGCUCCUCCGCCACCGCGAAGCGCGGUCAUACGCGCGCCUGGCGAUGUACGAGAUGCCACUCCUGUCGAGGCUCUCGAAGCCCUUCCGUCCGCCGUCGCGCGCUGAGGUGCUGCGCUUCCGCUACACCACCUACUUUGGCGAGGCCCACCCGGCUGAGAGCAAGGUAGUUGUGGAGUUUGCGCCGAGGGACCUGGUUAGCCUGACGGCGGCGCAGAGGGGGAAGCUGGUCAAGAUGGUCGGGGCCAGGUUCGAUCCGGAGAGGGGGGUCGUCAAGAUGUCUUGCGAGAUGUUUGAGUUGCAGGCGCAGAAUAAGCGGUAUUUGAGCGAUUUGGUGGAUAGGUUGAUCUUGGAGGCUAAGGAUGAGAGUGACGACUUUGGUGAUAUUCCGUUCGAUUUCAGGCAUUAUACGGCCAAAUUGAAGAGGCCCAAGGCGCGGUUUCCUAAAGCUUGGAGAAUGAAUGAGGAAAGGAUGGCUAGUAUUAGGGAGGAGAGGGCGGCGUUUGCAAAGUUAUUUGAGAGGGGAGGUGUUACUGUUUAACCCAAAAUUUCCCCUCCCACUCACUCACUCGCUCGCUCGAUAGGUUUUGGCUUGGGGGUAUGGGCUUGUACCUGUAAUAUAGGCGCUUUCAUGGUAUAAAUGGGUCUCUUUUCUUUCAUUCUUUCGUUCUUUGAUUCUUACAUGCGACAUUAUGAUUUUCUGGAAAUUUCGGGGUUUGGCACAUAUCUUUUAGAUGGCACACAAGUGUUAUGGAAUUAACGGGAAUACGGGAAGAGUAGCGCAUAGGUUGCAAAGAUAAGAUGGAAUAUGAGGUAGAGUGACGGAAACGCUAGGCGAUCACUCUUAUAAUAUUGUA